UUAAUACACGUUGAUUUCUUGGGGAUCAAGUCAAAGGUGUUACGACGGCGAUGCCGACGAGAACAAGUGCGACAGUGUUGGCCGCGGCCCUCUUGUUGAUCGCGUGCUCGGUGGUGCCGACUGGUGAAGCCAUUUGGAUGAAAUUACCCUCCUCCGACACCAAGUGCGUCUCUGAAGAAAUCCAGAACAACGUCGUCGUUUUGGGCGAUUACGGCGUUAUCUCCCAUGAUCACAACCACUCCUCCACCAUCUCCGUCAAUGUGACAUCGCCAUAUGGGAACAAUCUUCAUCACAGGGAGAAUGCAACAGAUGGUCAGUUUGCCUUCACAACUCAAGAGUCUGGCACCUACCUGGCUUGUUUUUCGGUUGAUGGUAACAAACAUGAAGGUAGUUCAGUAAGUCUCAACCUUGACUGGAAAAUUGGAAUUGCGGCUCAGGAUUGGGAUUCAGUAGCAAGAAAAGAGAAGAUUGAGGGUGUUGAGCUUGAACUACGGAAACUUGAACAACUAGUGAUUGCUGUCAUCCUGUAUCAACGCUUUCUCAAGGCCAGAGAAGUGGAAAGGAGGAAUUUGAGCGAACAAACUAACUCGAGGGUGGCACGGUAUAGCAUGAUGUCGUUGAGCCUCUGCAUUGGAGUUUCAUGUCUGCAGCUAUGGCACUUGAAGAGAUUUUUCCGAAAGAAGAAGAUUAUUUGA